CCCCGGCAGGGCAGGGCAUGGCGGGGCGCGGCGAGGGGCCCCGCCCGAGGCUGCAGGAGUGCCAGCCUGGCUGCAGGAAGCACCUGGGCGACAUCAUCAGCUUCUUCUUCCGCUUCAUCUCUGGGAACCUGGCUCGAGGACUUGGGUGCAGCAUGCGGGUGGCGAAGGCUUGGGCCUGCUGGUCGACCUCCACACUCCUGCCAGCUCUGCUGGCCGCUGCUGCCUCUGGGAUCUCGCCAGAUAGCAGUGACAGUGAGCUGGAGCUGUCCACAGUGCGCCACCAGCCAGAGGGGCUGGACCAGCUGCAGGCCCAGACCAAGUUCACCAAGAAGGAGCUGCAGUCACUCUACCGGGGCUUCAAGAACGAGUGUCCCACGGGCCUGGUGGACGAGGACACCUUCAAACUCAUCUACUCCCAGUUCUUCCCUCAGGGAGAUGCCACCACCUACGCGCAUUUUCUGUUCAACGCCUUCGAUGCCGACGGGAACGGGGCCAUCCGCUUCGAGGACUUCGUGGUCGGACUCUCCAUCCUGCUGCGAGGGACGGUGCAUGAGAAGCUCAAGUGGGCCUUCAAUCUCUAUGACAUUAACAAGGACGGCUACAUCACCAAGGAGGAGAUGCUGGCCAUCAUGAAGUCCAUCUAUGACAUGAUGGGCCGCCACACCUACCCCAUCCUGCGGGAAGACGCGCCCCUGGAGCACGUGGAGCGGUUCUUCCAGAAAAUGGACCGGAACCAAGAUGGAGUAGUGACCAUCGACGAGUUCCUGGAGACCUGCCAGAAGGAUGAGAACAUCAUGAGCUCCAUGCAGCUGUUCGAGAACGUCAUCUAGGGCGUGUGGUGGGAACCCUGGGUGGCCGUUGCCACUCCUCCCCCAAGAAACCUCAAUCCUGCCAGGAGCAGCCUCCGUGACAAACUUUUUUGUAAUAUAUUUGCAAAAAGUGAGCAGUGUGCUCCUGAGACACACACACACACACACACACACACACACACACACACACACACACACAGAGUUCCUCGGAGCUGGCAGGAGGGGCCCAGCCCCCACCAACCUGUGUCCUGGGCCUGUGGGGUGAGGCCACUUCCUCUGGCCACUACCUGGAAGGGGGUUAAGAGCCCAGGGUGGGGGGACAGCAUGGUCUCCAGAGCAGAGCCCCCCGUGAGUCCCUGAGCCCUCCCCCAACCUCGCCUCCCAGGGGCCUGGCCCCAGGGCUCCUCUGGCCUCCCCAGCUACUCCUCGCCCAAGGACCUGCCUCCCAGGAAGCCUUGCUGCAGGACCCUGGCAGGACCAGCUGGGGGUGGGGGGCCUAACCAGGGAAGAGAUGGCCAGGGGUCAGAGCCUCUGCUUCCUAGAAGUGCUUCCCUAGGGUCCUGGGACCCUGUCGCUCCGCCCACCUGGAGGAGCUGGGCUGUGCAGGCCACCCACUGUGAGGCCAGCUUGGGCGGGAGGGGCCUGUCUCCACUCUCCUCCCUUCUGGGAAGCAGCGGGGGCUCUCACCGGGCUUGCCUCUUGGAGUGUCAGAGGGGACUGUCUGUCCCCCGCGCCAGGCAGGAGGAGCCUCCCCUGACCCCAUUCCUGUCUGUGUGGGAACGCAGUGGGUGCCCCAGUCCUCCUGGCACCAGGCUCUUCUCCCCAAGGUCCUCUCAGCUCCUGGGGGCAGCCACAGGGCUCCGGGACUGGCAACCAGGGAGCGGGCAUGCUGGGAGAGGCGGGCAAGGACUUCCCUCCUCUCCUGCGGCCCCUGCCGGGCUGAGCGCCCUCCGGGUCUCUGUGGCCACCCUCACCCCAACCCUGUACACAAAGCACAAGCACCUGUGGCUCGGCCACCCCAGGGGAGCCAAGGACGCUGAGCUCUGGGUCCCACAGCCUGGAUGAGGGCAGCCCUGGGGAUAAGCUCAGGGGUCCCCUCGUGCCUCCGAGCCCCCGGGGUCCUGAAGCCCAUUCCCAGCCCAGAUCACCAACAUUCAAAAGCACAAACCCAGGGACCUGCUUGGCUGGGCUCUGCCCUGGGGAUGGAGGCCCGUGUCAGGAGGCUGGAGCCAGUCGUGAGCACCAAGGAGCCCGUGGCACGUCAACAGAACCUUCAGAAAGAGAGAGGGGCUGCCCCACCUGCCAGGCCCCCUGAGGGGACCCUGUCCCAGGCACACAGGCCCUCCAGGGGACGUUCCCUCACAAUACAUUCCAUCCAACGGCUGCUGCGCCCUCUGCUCAGGCCUGGCUCCAGGAGUCCCUGGGUAUCCCAGGAGGCUGGCCCCAGGGUGAGUGGGGACCUCGGAGGAAAGGUGAGACGACCGAGGCUUGGGAGCCCUUGGCACCCACGUGCAGGUGGGCUGCCCCCUCAGAAUUGCACUGACACCCCAUCUCCAGUCUGACUGGGGGGUCCCCUCCCCUCCAGGAGGGCAUCCGCUUCCCUGGCUCAGGGAUUCCCUCCCCGUUCCCCGGCCGGGCCCUUCUAGCUGGUGUUGCUGCGCUUGUAGGGGCCGAGGCCACGGGAGAGGGUGGCCACGGGCCCUCACGCCCUCGCCUCAUGGCUGCCCGUAUGGCUGGGAGGGCUCUGUCUCCCACGCUGGGACACAGGCCGCGGCAUGUCUGCAUGGCAGAAGCGUCUCCUCGGGCGCGGCCUGGUGGUCCCUGUUCCCAGCGCCCACCCAUAUU